AUCAAUCGGCCGGUUGUCAGAGGCGGCUGUGAAACACGCAAGGUCAAAAACCCUCAUCUAGCCAUCCAUUCACCAUCCAUCCACCCAUCCAUCCACCCAUCCAUCCAUCCAUCAUCCGCGCUUCCGCACUUCCGUCGGGCGGGCCAGGGCACGCAAACAGCAGCACCGGCAGAUUACCGUACAGACCGCCGAAGGCUACGAGCGUGGGCCGCCCUGCAAGGAACUGCAUGCGCGCACACCAGCACACCACCACCAUGAUGAUCCUUGGAUCCCUCCCGCCCGAUCGAUCGACAGAGAGAGGGAGGGAGGGACCAGACGACCGCCCGACCAUUUCCCACGACAGGGUGCACCCUGGUACAUAGUGGUAACAAGCGCGGUAUACCUACGUAGUAGGUAUUCCUGCUAGUAACUGGCAGUGACGCCUCCGCGACAACACUGCCACUGUACGAGGCACCGACCGCGCGCGCGCCUUGAUACCAGACGACAGGUAUAGUACUUUGUACGCGCUACAGUAUACAGGACGACUGCGGCAUGGAGACUGUCGAACAAGCGACCGACAAGCGCGGGAGCACGUAUGCGGCGGCACGCAUCGUCUGAUCCGGGACCCGUUGCGCAGGCCGUGCAGAAAUACAUCAACCAGAAAGCCAACACGGGGUGGGAAGAAGGGGGGGCCGCCACUCCCGCGCUGCCAUCACGCCACCAACAUCACAGCUGACGCGGGCGCUGCUGCUUCGUACAGUGUGUACGUACUACGCAAGUACUGAACAUGCCACUGCUCCACUGCCGCCCCCCGCCGCCGCCGCCGCGGGAAACGACAGCCUGGGAACGGGCUGCUGCUAAUGCCGCCGCCGACCAAAAGAGGGGAGUAAACGGAGCCCGGCGGGAGGCGAUAGCCACUCAUGGACGCCAACGGUGGCAUUCCAAGUCGCCCGUCCAGAAAAUGGCGGUCCGUCGAAAUUUUUUGAAUUUUUUUUGGCUGGUUUUGUCCUUGCUCGGACUCCUCCCGCGCGCCUUACUCGUAGCAGAGUCAAUUGUCCCGUCCUGGUGGGCCCCGCCGAGUGGUGCUGCGAGCGGCCGGGGGAUGCGCGCCGCCAAGUGGGGCCGGAGCCCCCGAAGCCCGGGACAGCGACUCCGUGGACGGGGUCCUACCGGCCUUGUCUCGUCGGGGGCACGUACUUGCACAAUAGCUGCAGUGCAGUCGGCAUUGUCAUCAUGGGUACGGAGGAGGAAGGGGAGCAUGACCAUGCGGGGACGUGGGGGGCCUCGUCGAGGUGGCAUUCGAUGGUGGUGGUGAUGGUGAUGAGGGUAAGAGGGGGAUCACGCGCAUCGCAUGGAGAUUUGCGCAGACGAAAAUGAACCAAACGGAAAAUAUCUGCUGCAUGAGCCCACUCGCUCUGAUAUUGUCCAUCUCCGUCGUAUUACCCCCAAUUUUCGGCCCCGAUGCGAUGCCGACUGCAACGGUGACAGACAAUCGAAUCCAUCUGUACUGCCCUUAUUCUGCACCAUUUCCAUGCAGUCAUCACCAUCUGGUUAGGUGAUUAUACGAGCUGAGCUCCCGCUUCGACUUUCAUCAAGGUUGUCUUGACCUUUUUCAACGAGAUAUAAUAGUCAGCUUACAUACCAUCACCUACGGACGGCUAGCGAGGAGAAAUUUGUCGACUCGAGUCCCAUUGCGGCCGAUAAGUCCCUCCGCCAUCGGUCGACCGUGUCUAAUGCUCUCGUCAUGACAUUGAGCGAACUUGCCAUAUACUUUUUGGACUCUCCAUUUAGAAUAUCAACCGUUUGUCCAUACAAGACGCGAGACUCUCAUCUUCAUGCUAGACUGUGGCCCCUCGACUCGGCCGACGCACGAGCCAGACUGCAUAUUGAAAGGGAGCGCUGAUACUGGCCGCCCUUUAGAUGCCAGUGCCAGUGCCAUUGGCCUCGGACUGAGCCCUUAGCGUACUUCGAAAUUGCAAGCCUUUUCAUUGCCUCCUCAUUCAAUCGGCAAAUGGCGGCGGUCGAGACAAAAGAAGCGGGCGGUGACGUGGGCGGAGGCCACCACCUGCCCUGGGCCUGGGCGGACGGCGGCUCAUUGAAGACUUUCGACGAGCAGCGCGCUAUUCAUCCAAUUGGAUCGCUGCCGAGGAAAUUGGCAUUACGAAUCAAAUGACUGACUUUCCUCUGCUUGAGAAGUUGCACACCACGCACCUUCCUUCAAUUCCCUUCGCAGCAUAGAAGUGGCAGGUGCGGGGCAAAGCCACCUCCGCAUUCCACGCCGGACAUUGCCGGCGCAACAACUUCACUCCUCCCUUAUCGACGCAUCAAUCGACGGCGCGCAGCAUCAUUAAAUUGAACCGCUGCAGUCGAGUUGACCCCCGCACGAGCCUCGUGCGUAACGUUACCGCUUUGUUUAACCGCCUUCCCCCACGCCGAGUCGUCGAGGUGAGAUGAUCGGCGUGUGGGGUAGCUGCAGGUAGGUAGAGAGCUAUAUCAAAACAACGCGGAGACCCCUGGACCUCGACCUGGAGAGCUUCUCAUACCUCGUCGGGUCGUUGAUUCAUAUCCCGCGACGCAACGAUGCACGUGCGCAACACCCUCGUGGCUCUCGCCGCGCUCGCCCUCGGCCCGGCCGACGCGCUCUGGCCCAUCCCCAAGGCGGCCAAGACGGGCGACAAGGUCCUCUUCAUCGACCAGACGGUCAAGGUGUCGUACAAUGGCCAGCAGAUCAGCUACACCGCUGGCUACGAACCGCCCGCCGGUCCCAGAUUCAACAGCAGGGACAUGGUCCAGGGCGGCGUCUCGCGGACCUUUGACGCCAUCUUUCAGCACGGCUUCGUCCCAUGGAUGCUCCGCGGGCGAGACGAAAAAUACGAGCCAGACCUGCACAGCGCGCCCUCGAGACGCCUCAGGACGCUCGACAUCACACAGACGGGCAACGACAGCACGCACACGUUCAAGCCGCUCGCGGGCCAGCUCGACGAGUCGUACACGCUCAACGUGACGGCCGAUGGGCGGGCCUCGAUCCGCGCCGUCUCAUCCAUUGGCGUCCUUCGCGCCCUCGAGACCUUCUCGCAGCUCUUCUGGAAGCACAGCGCCGGCACCGCCUGGUACACGGCCCUGGCCCCUGUCUCCGUCGCGGACACGCCCAAAUUCCCCCAUCGCGGCAUCCUGCUCGACGUCAGCCGCCACUGGUUCCCCGUCGACGACAUCAGGCGCACCAUCGAUGGCCUCGCCAUGAACAAGAUGAACGUCCUACACCUGCACAUCACCGAUACCCAGUCGUGGCCGCUCGAGAUUCCGGCCCUGCCACGCCUCACCGAGGCCGGCGCCCACGCUCCCGGCCUGACCUACUCGCCCAAGGACAUCGCCGGCCUGUACGAGUACGCCAUCCACCGCGGCGUGCAAAUCAUCAUGGAGAUUGACAUGCCCGGCCAUAUCGGCAUCGAGGACGCCUACCCCGGCAAGUCGGUCGCGUUCAACGCCAAGCCCUACGAGUGGUACUGCUCGCAGCCCCCCUGCGGUUCCUUCAAGCUCAACAGCUCCGACACGUUCGAGUUCCUCGACGCGCUCUUCGCCGACCUGCUACCGCGUGUCUCCCCCUACGCUGCCUACUUUCACACCGGCGGCGACGAAUACAAAGCCAACAACUCGCUGCUCGACCCAGGCCUGCGCACCAACGACCUCACCGUGCUGCAGCCGCUGCUCCAAAAGUUCCUCGACUUUGCCCACGGAAAAGUUCGUGCCCACGGCCUCGCCCCCUUUGUCUGGGAGGAGAUGGUGCUGCAGUGGAAUGCGACCGUCGGCAAUGACGUGGUGAUUCAGUCGUGGCUCGGCUCCGGUGCCAUCAAGAAGCUCACCGACGCCGGCCACAAGGUCAUCGACAGCAGCAACGAGUUCCUCUACCUCGACUGCGGCCGCGGCGAGUUUAUCGAUUACGAGACGGGACCGGCCUUCCAAAAGGCGUACCCUUUCAACGACUGGUGCAACCCGACCAAGAACUGGCGCGUCGUCUACACGCAUGACCCGCUCGUCGGCCUGUCCAAGGCGUCGGCGGCGCGCGUCAUCGGCGGCGAGGCGCCCGUGUGGACCGAGACCAUCGACCCGGCCAGCGUCGACACCAUCAUCUGGCCCCGCGGCGCCGCCGCCGGCGAGGCCUGGUGGUCGGGCUACCAGGACCCAGACACGGGCCGCAACAGGUCCAUGUAUGACGUCCGCAUCCGCCUUUCGGAGCAGCGCGAGCGCAUGCUGGCCCGCGGGGUCAAGGCCACGGCCAUUACGCAGUUGUGGUGCAACCAGGCGGCCAAGGAUGACUGUGCGGGCACGCAGUAGUCACGUAGAAGG